AUGAAUGAUAUAUUCAACGGCAAGAAAAGAAACCCGAAGCAAAGUGUUCCGAAUCAAAUUAGCAGGGAAUGGAGUGUUACCCAUUCGUACUACUUUACCUUCCUACGGUGGCUCUGGUCGGAUUGGUAUUGUAAGAUGCCCAAAGAAGAUGAACCAGUCUCAUUCACAGACACGAACGCUGAAACAGCCGCAGGAAACAACAAGGCCACGGGCUCGGCAAUGAUGGAUCUAAUUAGUGGAUUACAAAAAAAGCAAGAGGCGGACAGGGCAACUGGCGGUGGAUCUUCUACGAGCGCUUCAACAUCCUCUGGUAAGCGGAAGAAGAAGAAGAAGAAGUCGAAGUACAAGAGAAAGAGAAGAAAGGACCGCUAUGAAUCUCAGAACUAUCUCCUGCGAAUUGAAGGCGUUCUUUGUUGUGCAUCUCUGGUGGUAGCAUUCAUAUUCGUCGUCGCUCUGUUCAUUGUGUUUCUUAUUUGUGGGAUAUGGAGUAAAUUCGAUUUCUCAGCCACCACCGAAUCCGUCAAAGAAUAGGAAUCUGUUACGGUUUAGCCGUCUAAUAAAGACGUUUUCUGUAUAACGUUUGCAGUUCCUAACAAGAAUGAAGAGGUGUGCUUAAUGAAGUUGAAUAAAGUGUGGCAUGUGGC